AUGUCGGACUAUGAGGAUGAGAUGGACGUGGACGUCAUUCCAUCAAAAGAUACCUCCAUACAAUUCAGUUCUGACAACACGACUGGGAAACAGAAGAGAAUCGUUGCAGAUCUUCCGGUCGAGGCAGAAGACAACCUCCCAUGGGUGGAGAAAUAUCGACCAAAUACUCUUGAAGAUGUCUCCGGCCACCAAGAUAUCCUUGCCACCAUCAAUCGCUUCGUCGAGCACAAUCGACUUCCACAUCUGCUCCUCUAUGGACCCCCAGGAACAGGUAAGACAUCGACAAUCUUGGCACUUGCUAGGCAGAUUUAUGGACCUAAAAACAUGCGACAAAUGGCUUUGGAGCUGAACGCGUCCGACGAUCGUGGGAUUGAUGUUGUGCGUGAACAAAUCAAGACUUUCGCUUCAACAAAACAAAUCUUCAGCACUUCAACGCAGCAGACAUCCUCCUCUACGGCAAAGUUUGGCAUCGGUGCCUUCAAGUUGAUCAUUCUUGACGAAGCGGACGCCAUGACAAGUGCGGCACAAAUGGCACUUCGGCGAAUUAUGGAGAAAUAUACAGCAAAUACCCGCUUCUGCAUCAUUGCCAACUACACACACAAGCUCUCCCCAGCAUUAUUGUCAAGAUGUACGAGAUUCCGAUUUUCGCCCUUGAAAGAAGCAGAUAUCCGACGGCUUGUGGACCAUGUCAUUGUACAAGAGCAUGUCAACAUCGUCCCUGAAGCUAUCGACUCACUUGUGAAGUUGUCCAAAGGAGAUAUGCGUCGAGCACUGAAUGUCCUCCAAGCAUGUCAUGCUGGAUCAAAACCACUACCGAUGCGAGGACAACCACCCAUUAAAGAAGCUGACAUCAAAUACGAUCUCAUCACCAAUGAUACGAUUUACAAUUGUAUCGCAGCGCCCCACCCUGAGGACAUUCGACUGAUCAUGACUACCAUGCUGAGCACCCCAGAUGUCACUAGUUGCCUUACAACCAUCAAUGCUCUUAAAAGUAGCCGGGGACUGGCCUUGGCAGACAUACUCACUGCACUGGCAGAGGAGUUGCAAACUCUCGAAGUCAGCACAGCUACGCGAGUAACGUGGCUAGAGGGGCUGGCUGAGAUUGAGUACAGACUUGCGGGAGGUGGUAGUGAAGGUGUACAGACUGGUGGAAUGGUCGGAGUGGUGAGAACUGGAUGUGAACUUCUAGGAGCAAAGGGGAUUGGAGAGAAGAUGAGUAUCGAUGGGUGA